CCUUUUUUAAGUUAUUUUUUUAUCCAUUCAUUUUCAGUAAAAUACUUCUGGUUUUUUCGUUUGCUUGUCUGGCUGAACGAUACCUCUUCCCUACUACGCAUGCCAUAUUCCACUUGUCGACUGCAAAUUUUGGAAUAGCCAGUGAAAGCUCCACUUACUGAAAAAAAGAGUUAGGGUAUUUCUUAAUUUUUUUUGUUAUUCAAUCAAAAUGAAUGGGCAACAUUCUGGACCAGGAACGCCAGUUCAACGCCCAGCAAGUGGUUCUGUAAAUCAGGCAGCUUUGAAUCAACAACGGGCAAACCAACUUACGAAUUUAUUACAUACCAUGUCUAUUUAUCAACAAAAUGCUCAAAAUUUGGGAUUAAAUACGCCUCAAGGCCAAGUAUAUUUGUUACAGGCACAAGCUAUUCGCCGUCAGCUUCAAGCACAUGCGCAAUCGGGGCAAUUGCCAAACCAGCAACUUUUACAACAGUUACAAACUAAUGGAUCGUUUCCACAGCGUACUCCGGAGCCAACUGCUGUCCCACCUCGUUCCCGACAUCAGUUGAGUCCUCAAGAACAAACAAUGCUAGUUGUUCGACAUAGACAACUUCAAACUGCUCAAAAUUAUUUGACGGAGAUGAAGGAAACACAUGAAAGAAUUAAGAAGGAACUAACAACAAACGAAAACCUUGACUCUACAACUCGUGAAACAUUGGUGAAACAAGAAUCUGAAUUAACUGUUAAGAUUGCUCAAUACACGGCUGCAAUUUCCAACGGAAUCCGUUCUAUCCAACAAUUACAGAAUCAACAAUUACAGAACCGUCAAUUAUCGGGAACGGUAAACAAUAGCGGUUCAGUUACCCCUAACGGUGCUUUAGGUGCUGAUGCUAGAAGUGCAGCUAGUACUCCUCAGUUGCAGCGAUCUCAGUCUCAGCCAAACGCGAAUCAGCAAAAAACACCAUUUGAUAACCCAAUUGGAAGUGCAGCAGUUAAUGAUUCUAACGUAGUAAAUAACCUGAAUGUAGAAGGUGCAGACGCUGGUUCCUCCACUCCUCAGCAGGCUGGGAGCAUGGAUAGCAAAAUGCAAAACUCUUCUUUCAUGACCAAUAAUCAUUUAGGGAAACUUGAUGCGAAGUCUCCUGUCCCAUUUGCUAUGCCACCUGGACGUGCAACCUUAACUGGUGGCUAUGCUUCUGGAAAUGUGGGUCUCAGUACCCCGGGUCUUGCUCGUGCUCCUCAUUAUGAAUUAGACAAUGGAAAUCGUCUUUUGUCUAAGAGAAAGCUAAAUGACUUAUUGCAACAGAUUGAUUCUGAGAAGCAUUUAGAACCUGAGGUGGAAGAGUUGUUGCUUGAAAUUGCUGAUGAAUUUGUUGAGUCGGUAACGAAUUUCGCUUGUCGUCUAGCAAAACAUCGUAAAUCUGAUACGUUGGAUAUGAAAGAUGUCCAACUUCACUUGGAGAGAAACUGGAAUAUCCGUUUACCUGGUUUCGCUAGUGAUGAUGUUGUGAAAAGUGUUCGAAAGUCCGGUCCUACGCCUUCUUAUCAGCAAAAGCAAGGUGCUAUCGGCACUGCAAAGGCUUUAAGUAAAGAUUAAUACAAACGUUUUUGAUGUGACUAAGCAUUCACGUUGUAUAUGUCCAUUGGUUAAGGGUUUAAUAUCUUUAUUCUCCUUGUUUGACUUACAUUACUCUUAGGUGUUCCACCUUUCACCUCCUCACGCAACGAUCUUUGCCGACCAUUUGCUUGUUAAAAUUAUAAGCACAUUCAUUCAUCGUUAAACUGAACUUUGAUGAUUGUAGGCCAUAAUUCUUGUUGGUGAUGAGUAUACGGACAGGACCUUUAAUUCUUGUAAAUUACUGUAUCAUAGUCUAAAACUUGACUUUCUUCUUAUUUUGUCGAUGAUUAUUACAUUGCUACGAAAAAUAUGUACAUCUCCAUAAAAAUUUCACUUGAAU